AGAUGUCCCUGGGAGAGCCAGAGUAGCUGUUGAGUUUAGAGCAGAGAGAGCAUUUUUCUCGUUGAGAUGGCCAGGUGGAGGAUGUGGCGCAGCCCUGUGAUGCUGCCCCUGUCCUGGGUGGAGGAACUGACAACAUCAGGUGUGCGCUGCAGCAGCAGCAUGCCGGUGAUCCGGCAGUCGUACUCAGAGAGCAGCAGCAUCGUCAGGCCUUUCAACGAGAUUCCUGGACUGUGGAAGAAUGGGCUGGUCAACUUGUACAAUUUCUGGAAACUAGAUGGUUUCAGAAACCUCCACCGCAUCAUGGUACAGAAUUUCAACACUUUUGGACCCAUUUACAGAGAGAAAAUAGGUUAUUAUGAAAGUGUCAAUAUCAUCAAACCAGAGGAUGCUGCAAUCCUGUUCAAAGCAGAGGGACACUAUCCUAAAAGGCUGAAAGUUGAAGCAUGGACAUCGUACAGAGACUACAGAAACCGCAAAUAUGGAGUUCUACUAAAGAACGGGGAAGACUGGAGAUCAAACCGUGUGAUUCUCAACAAGGAGGUGAUUUCCCUGAAGAUGAUGGAACACUUUGUGCCUUUGCUGGAUGAUGUGGGCCAGGAUUUUGUGGCCAGAGUUCACAAAAAGAUCAAGCGUAGUGGUCAAAACAAAUGGACCACAGACCUCUCUCAAGAACUCUUUAAAUAUGCAUUAGAGUCGGUGAGCUCGGUGCUGUAUGGAGAGCGUCUGGGUUUGAUGCUGGAUUACAUAGACCCUGAAGCUCAACACUUCAUCAACUGCAUCACCCUCAUGUUCAAGACUACCUCACCUAUGCUGUAUAUACCUCCUGCUAUGCUGAGGCAGAUUGGAGCAAAGGUGUGGCGGGACCAUGUGGCAGCUUGGGAUGGGAUAUUCAACCAAGCGGACCGCUGCAUCCAGAACAUCUAUAGGCAGUUGCGUCAGGAGACAAGUACUUCCAAGAAAUAUCCAGGAGUCUUGGCUAGUCUUCUUAUGCUGGACAAGCUGUCCAUUGAAGACAUCAAGGCCAGUGUCACUGAGCUGAUGGCUGGAGGGGUAGACACAACUUCUAUAACGCUCCUGUGGACAUUGUAUGAAUUAGCCAGACACCCCAACCUCCAGGAGGAGCUGAGGGCGGAGGUGGCUGCAGCUCGGGCUACAAGCCAGGGAGACAUGCAGGAGAUGCUGAAGCGAAUUCCUUUGGUCAAAGGUGCUCUGAAGGAAACGCUGAGGUUGCAUCCGGUUGCAGUGAGCUUGCAAAGAUACAUAGCAGAGGAUAUAAUUAUUCAAAACUACCACAUCCCGGCUGGGACUCUGGUCCAGCUAGGACUGUAUGCAAUGGGCAGAGACCCCAAGGUGUUCUUUCGUCCAGAGCAGUAUCAGCCCUCUCGCUGGCUGAGGUCGGAGACGCACUACUUCAAAAGCCUGGGCUUCGGUUUUGGUCCUCGUCAGUGUUUAGGACGCAGAAUAGCUGAGACAGAAAUGCAAAUCUUCCUCAUCCAUAUGCUGGAAAACUUCAGAGUGGAGAAGCAACGGCAUGUGGAAGUGCAGAGUACCUUUGAGCUCAUUCUGUUGCCAGACAAACCUAUUUUAUUGACUUUGAAACCUCUACAGGCUAGUCGGUAACACACGCUUGAAAGAAAUUUGUGGUGUGUGGUAAGUUAAGGUAAUUUAAC